CAGGAUUCACAGAGGACAGCAGACAAGAGUAAAUCUGAGAAGUUUUCUGCACAGAAGGUAAAAAAAUGGCUGCAAGAACCCUGGCACUGUGGCUGCUGCUGGUGGGGACAGUGCUGCCGCAGGGCAGCUGUCAGCACUGGUCCUAUGGACUGAGUCCAGGAGGAAAGAGGGAACUGGACAGCUUUUCUGACACACUGGGCAACAUAGUUGAAGGGCUUCCACACAUCGAUGCACCGUUCAGUGCUUUUGGUUGUGCUGAGGAGUCGCCUUAUGCCAAGUUUUUCAGAAUGAAAGGACUUCUUGGGAGUGUAACCAACAGGGAAAAUGGACACCGAACAUACAACAAAUAAUGAAUAUUUGAUUGGACAAUAAAUUAUUACAUUAGCAUGU